AUGGAGGCGGUGCUGCAGCGCAGCAGGCAGCGCGGCCUCAAUGCCAGCGCGCCAGGCAGCACCGACCAAGGCCGAGGCGUCGGCCGCGAGCACGGCGCGGAGCAGCUCAAGAGCGCCCUGGCGGCGUGCGAGUUUCGGUUGAGGUCCGCGGAGCAGGCCCGAACCGCCCUCGAGGGCCUGCUGGUGCCCGUGGAGCAGGCGAGGCGCGAGCUGGAGCUGGAGAAGCGCCGCGGCAGUGAGGCCUUGCGCGAGAACGAGCGGCUGUUCAGGGAGGCGCAGCGCUUGUCUGACAGGGUGUCCGAGCUCGAGGCCAAGCUGCGGCAAGUCAAUGCCGCCGCCGAUGCCGCCGCCACAGAGGAGGCCGAUGAGGACGCGGCAGAGGCGGAGCUGCGUUCGCAGCUCCUCCGCUCGGAGCGCCUCCUCGCCGCCGCAAGCGAGCGCGAGGCGGUGGCAGACGCAGAGCUACGCGAGGCCCAAGACCAGGCCAGGAUGUUCGCCGCUGAGGCCGCCAGCGCCAAGGCCGAGGGCGCGAGGAUCCAAGAGCGACUGGACGCUGCCCUGGAGCGCAUCCAGGAGCAGGCCCGGGAGAAGGCCCAGGAGGAGGGCGUUGCGGGCGCCAGGGAGAGGCAGGCGCAGCAGCUGAGGGCGGAGCUGGACCAGGCGCGGGAGGUUGCCGAGGGGUUCCAGGCCGCCCUGGAGCGUGUGCAGGGCAAGCACGACAGGCUGCAGGUAGAGAACUCGUCGCAGCACGAGGCGCUGUGCAAGGCGGCCGAGCGCGAGGGGGCGAUGGCCUCCCGGCUGCAGACCCUGGAGGCAGACCUCGAGGCGGCCUCGCCCGGGCCCAGCGCGGAGAGGGAGCACGGGGCCGACACGGAGGAGGCGGUGGCUGCGGGCGGGCAGGCGGCGAGCAGGGCCGCGGUGACACCUGCGCCGACACUUGCGCCGAAGCCGCAGGACGCAGUGCCUGGAGCAGCUCCGACCACGACGCGGCAGCGGGUGGUGGCCGUGGAGGACGCCCUGUUCGGGGCAGCCCCGCCCACGACGCCGCGGCCUGUCGAGGCCAUGGAGGCGGCCCUGCUGGCAGCAGCCCCGCCGACGCCGCGGCGGGGGCAGGCCGCGGAGGCCGCCGGCGUGCUUGCGGUGCGUGGACCGCUGCUGAGCGAGUUGAAGCAGAAGCCGCCCCCGCCAGCGCCGCCAGAGUCUGGCCUCCAGAGGUCUCGGCGGGACUACCCCAAGGGCGCGCACGGGCGGCUGGCGCGGAAGAUCGUGCUCGGCUUGCCGACGGACGUGCCGCUCGGGGACCCGGC